CGGUGUACGGUUGGCGCUCAGCGGCUCGGAAACAACCAGUACACUUCCUGGUCGUCCCGGUUCCGGAGGCUGCAGCGGGUCUUCAGACGGAUUUUGACCCGGUUUCAGGGUGUGGAUGUUUUCGGCUGACUGUGGAUCUGAGUGGCUCAGUGAUGCAGUCGGGGUCAGAUCCUCCAGGACAUGGACCGAAGCCAGUUAGAAGAUCUCCUCGUCUGUCCCCUCAGGUCGGCAGCAGUGAGGGAACACAGGAGAACAAAGGAGGAAACAGCCUGCAGGAGCUGAAGAGGAGAGGAAGGAUGGAGAGGACCAGAGAGGAGCGAGAAGAGGAGCUGAGUGGCAAAUUGAAGACACUGGAUCUGUCCAGCAGAUCGGCAGCCAGUGGAACGGGUCUCGUUUACUCGGAGAUCUUCACCCACCAUAAGAACGAGUGGGACCCGAGACAUCCAGAGAGUCCGGACAGAGUGACAGCCAUCAUGGAGGAGCUGGAGAGACAAGAUCUGCUGCCUCUCUGUAUCAGAGUUGAGCCCAGAGAAGCUACAGAGGAAGAGCUGCUGCUGGCUCACAUGAAACACUAUGUGGACCUGAUAAAGUCGACUCAGACAAUGACACUGGCUGAACUCCAAACUCUGUCCAACAAAUAUGAUUCCAUUUACCUCCAUCCAGAGUCCUUCCAGGUGUCUGUGACAGCUGUGGGUGCAGUGCUUCAGCUGGUCGAUCGGGUCAUGACCUCUGAACUCAAGAACGGAUUCGCCAUCAUCAGACCUCCAGGUCAUCACGCUCAGGCCAACAAGUGCAACGGUUACUCUAUCUUCAACAACGUGGCGAUCGCAGCUCGAUACGCUCAGAUCAGGCACGCCAUCAGCAGGGUGCUGAUAGUGGACUGGGAUGUACAUCACGGGCAGGGCAUCCAGUACCGGUUCCAGGAGGAUCCCAGUGUUCUGUACUUCAGCGUCCACAGGUAUGAGCAGGGCUCUUUCUGGCCUCACCUGCCAGAAUCCGACAGCCAUUUUGUUGGCAGCGGACCAGCUGAAGGAAGAAACAUCAACCUGCCCUGGAACCAGACGGGGAUGACCGACGCUGAUUACAUCGCUGCUUUUCAACAAGUGCUGCUGCCCGUCGCCUACGAGUUUCAGCCUCAGCUGGUUCUGGUCUCUGCUGGAUUCGAUGCUGCAGUUGGAGAUCCGAAGGGUGAGAUGUGUGUGAGUCCUCAGUGUUUCCAGGUUCUGACUCACAUGUUGAUGAGUUUGGCAGAAGGUCGACUUGUUCUUGCUCUCGAGGGAGGUUAUAACUAUGAGUCGUCAGCUGAGAGUGCUGCAGCCUGCAUUCGAGCUCUGCUGGGUGGAGCAUGUCCUCCUCUAACUAACCCCACUGCUCCGUCUGACAGUGCUCUGCAGUCCAUCUCUCAGACCAUCUCAGCUCUGUAUCCACACUGGGCCUCUCUGCAAGUGCUGGAAGGCAGCCCGUCGGCUGAGGGACGUGCCAUCAGUACAUCGACCAAUCAGAAAAAUACAAUGAAGCCCAACCUUGCCCCCUCUGUUGCCACGACAACAGGUCUGGUUUAUGAUGAGAGGAUGAUGGAGCAUUUGAACCUGUGGGACAGACAUCACCCAGAGCAGCCUCAGCGAAUCUUUAAGAUCUUCUCCAAACAUCAGCAACUGGGAUUGGUUGAUCGCUGCCAGCGGAUACCAGUUCGCUUGGCGACAGAGGAGGAGCUGUCCUUGUGUCACAGCAUGCAGCACGUCGAGCAGAUGAAAGCCACGGCGGCAAUGAAGCCCAGAGAGCUGCACAAACUGGGCGACGAGUUCGUCUCCAUUUACCUCAACCAGCAGAGCUUCCAGUGUGCACAGCUGGCGGCUGGAAGCUGCCUCAACGCCUUGGACCAGAUCCUGUGUGGGCAGGUGACUAACGCCGUGGCCAUUGUCCGUCCUCCUGGUCAUCACGCUGAGAGAGACUAUCCCUGUGGCUUCUGUUUAUUCAACACGGCAGCUCUCGCUGCUCGCUAUGCCAAGAAAGCCUCUCAUGAUCCCUUGAUACGAAUCCUCAUCUUAGACUGGGAUGUUCACCACGGCAACGGCACGCAGCACAUGUUCGAGGACGAUGACAGUGUCCUCUACAUCUCCCUCCACCGCUACGACAACGGCGCAUUCUUUCCAUCUUCAGAGGACGCUGCCCCCGACAAGGUGGGCGUGGCCAAGGGGGCGGGUUUUAAUGUCAAUGUGGCAUGGAGCGGAGGAAGGAUGGGUGACUCGGACUAUCUUGCAGCUUUUCACCGUGUCGUCAUGCCUAUCGCCACUGAGUUUAACCCCAGUCUGGUUCUGGUGUCAGCCGGGUUCGACGCAGCCCGGGGGGAUCCGUUGGGCGGCUACAAUGUGACUCCAGAAGGAUACGCCCACCUCACACACAUGCUGAUGUCACUGGCUGGGGGGCGGGUCCUGGUCAUACUGGAGGGAGGUUACAAUUUGUCAUCCAUCUCUGACUCCAUGGCGAUGUGCACCAGCAUGUUGCUAGGAGACCCCCCUCCUGCCUUGGUGACGCCUCUCCCUCCUCCUCACCACAGUGCUGUGGCAACAAUAAACGAGGUCAUCCGAUACCACGUCCCCUACUGGAGGUCCCUGAGGAUUGACGUUCCAGAGUCUGUCCGGGCAGCCCUGCCUACCCUGAAGCAUCGUGGGAAACGUAGUUCUAAAGGAAAAGGCAGGAAGUCAGAGCAGAGCAGCAACGACAAACCGUCGGUGCCCCCUGCAGGACCGGAGGACUCUAUGACGGUGAGCAGUCUAGAGCAGCUCACUCAGGGACUGGCCAGUUUGGACAUCGGUCAGACCUCAGCCAAUCAGAACCCUGCAUCCUCUCCAGUGGGAGGAGCUAGGCCAAAGGUCCCCCUGAGCUCAGAGAAGCUAAUCUGUGAAGAAGUGAAGAAGGAGUCAGAUGACAGUACACCUGCGUGCAGCGAAUCAGCACACAGUAUGCCGUGUCAGCCUGUUGGCGUGGCAACACCAGAGUCGGUCGCAGGUGUAGAUAAGGCUGGAGCCGGAGCCGGGGCGGAGCCAGAGCCAGAGCCCAAGGGAGCGUGUGGUUGGUCAAAGCCUCAGACAUCCCUGGAACUGAUGUGUGGCGCCGACGCAGAUGGAUCAACUCUGUAUGUGGUGGACCCUCUCUCCUGGUGUCCUCACCUGGAUGCCGUUAAGCCCCUCCCCUCCUCGGGUAUAGACGUCUUCCGGCCGUGUCAGGACUGCGGCUCAGAGGCUGAGAACUGGAUCUGUCUCACUUGCUACCAGGUGUUCUGUGGUCGCUAUGUGAACGAACACAUGGUGAAUCACGGAGUCGUGUCUGAACAUCCCCUGGUUCUCAGUUUCUGCGAUCUCUCUGCGUGGUGCUACCUGUGUGAGGCCUACGUACACAACCAGAUUCUGUUUGAAGCUAAAAACGCUGCUCACUGCGCCAAGUUUGGAGAGGAGAUCCCCCCCUGGAGCUGAGCGUAAAACCUCAUGUAUGCAGCUGUUUCUCGCUUUUCUUCUCGCUGUCUUCCUUCUCUGUGAUUGGACGGUUGAGUGCAUUGCUAUGGAUACCAGCAGCAGUGGUGCUUCCUGGGGAAACGCUGUUAAAUUCACCAGCUUUGUACGGCGUCCCACAACUGCCAAAACACAAAAACUCACAUGCAAAGCAAAAGAUGUUUUUAUUUGUAUUUUUUACUUCAGACACACAGUGAUCUUCAUCGUCAUCAGCAAGUUGUCAGUUCUAUUCCCCAAAAAUGUGAUCAAACACCAGCAUGCUGUUGACACUUUUAUUUUGAAAAUCACGAGCGGAAGAAGUUGAAGAAGCAAAAAGAAGAAGACAGCCAUUUUCAGAAAAACAGGAAGAAUUUUGGCUCAGGAGGACUUCAUUCUCAAGUCAUAGUGGUGAUGAUGUCACCAAGAGGCCACGCCCCCUCCAGAGAGUGUUGCCAAAAUGUGACUGACGGCGUGAUGACCGUCCAUCAGACCGAAACAAUCAACAUCAGAGUUUAAAAAACAAAAAAAGUCUGAAAACAGGAACUGUUAUUUUUUAGAGGAAAAAAAAGGAAUUUUAGUUAAAGUCAACCUUUUUUCUUUCCAGCUGAAAUGUUGCAGCAAUAAAUCCGUGAGGAUGAUCAAUAACUGAGUUCAUUGAUUUGUUUUGUUCCAUAAUAUAAAAAAAAAAUCCUUUCUCUGAAUUAAAGCAGCCGAAGAGAAAACAGAUCAAUAGACUUUAAAAAAACCAGCUGAUUGCUUUUGUUGUCGGUGAGAUCGGAGGAGCUCUGUGUGCUGUGCAAUAACACUCGGUUUGUCUGCCUGUUCGUAAACUCGUUAUUUCUGUUAAACUGUUUGUUUGCACCAAAUCAGACUGGAUCAAUAUUCACGAUCAAUAUUCAGUGUCUGAGGUUCCGCAGUACAAAAUAAAGAAAACUUCUCAUUUUCUGUCGA